GGGCGCGCGGGAUGCGGGCGGCGGGAGCGCAUGGCAGGUGGCGGGAAGCGGAGGCCGCGCGGCGCGGCGGGACCGGCCGGAGAGCAGARUGAAAAAAAUGGAGCUGUCAAGAAGAGAAGAUCAGAUCAGACAGAUAUUCCAGAUAGUCUUUGCCAAGAAGCAGAAACAUGCUAUCGGCUUAGACUGCCUGAGGACUUYUACCAGUUUUGGAAGUUUUGUGAGGAACUAGAUCCUGAGAAACCAAGUGAUGCACUUGUGUCAAGUGUUGGACUUAAGCUGGUUGGACCAUAUGAUAUUCUUGCUGGAAAACACAAAAAAGCUAAAUCAACAGAUGUGAACUUCAGUCUUCAUUGGAGAUUCUUCUAUGAUCCCCCAGAAUUUCAGACUAUACUUGUUGGGGAUAGCAGAACACAGUAUCACAUGGGAUAUUUCAGGGAUGUGCCAGAUGAGCUCCCAGUGUGGGUUGGUGCAAAUGAAGCUAAGAAGGGUUGUGUGAUUUCACAAGUUGGUGAUAAUAUCUUUGCUGCAGUCAAAUUAUUUUUGUCAAAAAAACUUAAGGAAGUGACUGAUAAAAAGAAAAAUGCUGUUUUGAAGGACAUAGAUGAAAAGCUAACAAGAACAGCGAAAGAACUGGGUUAUUCUCUGGAACAAAAAACCCUGAAGAUGAAACAGAGAGAUAAGAAAGUGGUGACCAAAGCAUUUCAUGGAGCAGGCCUAGUUGUUCCUGUAGACAAAAAUGACGUUGGAUACAGAGAACUUCCUGAAACAAAUGCUAAUCUUAAAAAAAUUUGCAAGGCCAUUGUUGAUGCUCCCACUGAUGAGGAGAGAGUGAAGGCCUUUGCACCCAUUCAAGAAAUGCUGACCUUUGUUCAGUUUGCUAAUGAUGAAUGUGACUAUGGAAUGGGGUAUGAACUGGGCAUGGACCUGUUUUGCUAUGGAUCACAUUACUUCCACAAGACGGUGGGCCAGCUGUUACCCCUGGCUUACACCCUGCUGAAGAGGAAUCUCUUUGCCGAGAUCAUCGAGCUGCACCUGAGCAACCGGCGGGAGGAGGACCUGGAUCAGCUGGCACCCUGAGCGGGCACCGGGGCUGCAGCGGCGAGGGGUGUGGCCCUGCACGCCCGGGUCCGGGCUUGUCUUUGUGUGUAUGUGUGUUUGUGGGUCUUUUGUACUCGGUGGCGGUGUCCCCUGCGAUCAGUAAAGGUUUUCUAAGGAACAUGCUGCUUCCCAGCUGGCUGUGUGUGGUGCGCCCGGGACGGGGAGUGGGGCCGGGGUGAGGUGCUGUGGGGCAGAGCUGUCCCCGGGCAGGGCUUUGGCACCCACCUUGCCCUGCCCUGCCCUGCCUGCCGGCCCGGGGAGCCAAGCCUGGGCCGGGUCUGGGGCUCUGAGGAAGCAGGGGAAGGGCAGGCUGCUGCCCAGCAUUGCUUGGAGCACCUGCAGGCCCGGUGGUGGGCAGCGACUCACGGCAGGGCUGGGUCGGUGUGGCUCGGUUACUGCUUGCCUGUUCCGUACACAUCCGAGCCCCCACGGCCCUGCUCCAGCUGAUAGAUGUGCUGUUCUUCAUUUCCCCGGUUGUGUCCCACGCUGCAGGUAAAGCAUUCCCUUCCUGCAGCGUUCCCUUCUCUGGCGGAGCACUAUCCCUGCUCCUACAUUGCUGGAGCUGGCUCUAGUGGGAGAAGACUAAUGCGAUGAAGGAAAUGCUAACUUUAUUACAUUACAAAAGAAAUUARGAAUUCCAAAGCAGUUGCUACCUUGGUAAUCAGAAGAAGCCAUCUCAGGUUUUAAAAUUUAAAAAUGAAACCAAACUGAUAUUGUACAAGGUGCAAAUUAGUUGUUUUCAAGGUUGUUGGCACACAGUUCUAUGUUCAUGUUACUGCACUUGGGAGAUUUAUUCUCCAGCAACUGAUUAAAGUAACAGUCCAGGUAACAACGGAAAAUAACACUUGCUCUUACUCAACAGCUCUGCUCCCAUACAUACCGUGACUUGACUUCGAUGGUAGAAAUUCCCACUAUUACUAAUGACGGUAAUAUUAAUUACUACUUACAAAGAUUAUAGGCCGCUAGCACGGCAUCAUUCUCAAAUUUAAGUAAUUCUUACCUUUUUCAGCAAAGCAAUGUCAGUUAUGUUACUUUACGGUAGAAGGGAGCGUUGGAGGUACAAUGUAGAUUUGAGUGCUUCAAAAGUAUCUUGAAUUUCAAAUGAACAAGAUAAUUGCAUGCCGCAGCUACUUUUGUAAAUUUGAUGACCUCACCCCUUUCACUCAUGACGUAAAUGUCCCACUUAUUCAAGCACAAACAUAUGGGCACUCUUCCGUAGGCCUAAGGUUUGGUUUUAGUACCUCUUUUCUGUAUUUCUUGAACCUUCCUUAUUCCUCUUUUUAUGUUUCAAAUACAGGAGACCUUUAUCUUAAUGCUCUCUAUGAGUACUUUCUACUCAAAGUGUAGAAUCUUGGAGAGGUUUGAGUUAGAGGGGACCUUAAAAAUUCAACCUUUGAACUGUAACUUAAAUAGGAACUUAGAUCUGCAAAAAUGAGGACCUAAGACUGGAUGCCUAUACUGAUCUAUUAACCCCUGCUGGAGAAAGAAAUCUAUUACACCCACUGCAGAAUAUGUGAUGUGCUGUGUAUAAUUAAACUGGAGACAGACUUUUCAGCAGGGCCUGCUGCACUAGGACAAGGAAUAAUGGUUUUAACUAGAGUAGAUUCAGCUAGACUCAGGGAGGAUUUUAUUAUGAGAGUGGUGAAACUGUAAUGUGUUGCUCAGAAGGGUGGUACAUGCCCCAUCUCUGGAAGUGUUUAAUGGAGGGAGCUGAGCAAAGCUAGGUCUAGAGGAAGGUGUCCCUGCCCAUCACAAGAGGCUUAAGAGUAGAACAUCUUUAAGUUCCUUUCCAACCCAAGUUAUUCUGUGAAAUACACAUCAUKAACAGUUUAGACAAUGGAAGGAUUGUCCACUUUUAACUUUUAAAUCAGAAAGCCAACUAUUCUAUAAUUAAAACAAAAAUGCCCCACUUAAGGCUGACUUGUUUGGUAGGGGUAGCUACUGAUUUGUAGCCAAAUGUCAGGCAAUGCAUAUACUGCAUCUCCUAAAAUCCAUUCUUUUCAUCAAAUCUUUGUACUAGUUUUGUACAUAAAAUUCUUAGCUGUUAAUUUUCUCAGGGAAAAUAACUGCAAAAAUCAACACAAAUAUCGUUUGUGAAAACAUGACAGAACAAUAAAUGGUCAUACAGAAGUUUUUAAUGUUUGAUUAAAUCAUCACAGUAAUGAGAAUUUUUACUGUAAUGAUAUACAGUUCUACCACACUAUUAUAAAUAAAAACAUUAAGAUCAAUAUUAAAUACAGCUCUAGGCAACAUCACAGAUUAACAAAGAAUGCAUUCUUCAUGAACCAGUAUAUGAAUGAUUUAAAAAAUAAAAAAAAUGCUGACACUUUCCCCCUCCCAUCCAUCACUUUUUUUUUCUCAAAUUAGUAACUUGAGUAAGGCGCUGCAAGUUUCAUGUUAGAAAUUUUUUGUUGCACAGUACAGGCACACAUACUUCAUUACCAGAACCUCUACUGUAUGUUUACCAGAAGACAUUUUAAA